GAGCGGCGGAGCAUGCUUCAUGAAUGAGUCCCCCUCCACCACCGCAGGUCGGACCCAUCCUGAUGCCCGUGUGGGUGCGCAGACCGGCGGGGAACAGUAGAGGAGCCAGUUGCUGAUGAGCCCGGACAGCAAACACAUCCCCUCUGUACUACAUGAGCGUUUCAUCCCAACAGGAACAACACGACAGGAUCAGGAACGAUGCUUGAUGGACUCCGGCGGAGGCACGCCUCCCGGCCCUCCUCCCGGCCCUCCUCCCGGCCCCUGUCACUCAACUUCAGCACCUUCUCGGCCCCUCCCCCGAGUCCAGACAUGGACAGCAGCAGUGAGCAUCCAAUCAGGAGGACUCUGCACCGGCUGAAGCUGAUGAGCUCUCCCAGCCUCAGCGAGCUGGGGAGGAGCGAGAAAAGUUCACCAGAGGACAGAGGGGAGAAGCAGAAGAGGGCAGGAGCCAAUGCCACCUGGAACAGCAUUCACAAUGCUGUCAUAGCAGUCUUCCAGAAGAAAGGUUUGGCAGAUAACGAGCUCUUCGUCCUCAAUGAAGGUGUCCGGCAUCUGUUGAAGACUGAGCUGGGGUCCUUCUUCACAGAAUACCUACAGAACCAGUUGCUGACAAAAGGCAUGGUCAUCCUUCGGGACAAGAUAAGGUUCUAUGAAGGUCAGAAGUUACUCGACUCUCUGGCAGAGACCUGGGACUUCUUCUUCUGUGAUGUUCUCUCGAUGCUGCAGGCCAUCUUCCAUCCUGUUCAGGGUAAGGAGCCCUCUGUCCGACAGCUAGCUCUGCUUCACUUCAGGAACACCAUAGUCCUGAGUGUAAAGUUAGACGACGCCCUGUCUCGACCUCGGGCCCGUGUGCCGCCUUCUGUUACACAGAUGCUGCUUAUUCUACAGGGGGUCCAUGAGUCGCGUGGUGUGAAUGAGGACUACCUGAGGCUCGAGUCCCUGGUUCAGAAGGUGGUCUCGCCCUACCUGGGCACCCAUGGGCUUUACUCUGGAGAUGGCGCUGAGGCCCAUUGCUGUGUUCUGGAGAAGUGUUUACCGUGGGGCUGGCCCAAGUCUGCAGAUCAACCGUGUAAAAACCCUGUGGUACGAUCAAAAAGCUACAAUAUCCCUCUGCUGCUGACCCCGGUGGCUGAGUAUGACCCAGAUGCCAGCUCUGUUGGCAGUGGAGGAAUCCGCCGCCACUCGGCCUGUGAGAUUAUAUCAUGCCUGGAGGAACAAGGACUGGCCUACGCUGACCUGGCUUCAGGAUCUGAACUGUCUGGCCCCUCCUCCAACAGGCUGUGCGUGGGCUCUCAGUUCAAUGGUAUUUUACAAGCAGGAGCGAGCGCCAUGGGCUUGCCUCUUUCGUCUCCGUCCAUCCUUCCCCUUCAUUCCUCAGGAGCUCUCCACGGCACCGAGGCCACAACAACAAUGACUGAUCUCAGUAAGGGUGCAUCCUCCACGCCACCCAGUGAAUCAUCCAGCCCUGAAACCAUAAUUGGACAAGUGCUGGAGUCUGCAGACUCAGACUCAGAUGGGAUAUUUAUUGAUUUCCCACCUCACUCCUCAGAGGCUAUGGGGUACAGCCGCGAGAGCAGGCAGAGCACUGUGUAGCUGUAGCCCACACAGUGUGUACGGUAAUAAUCUGUGCGAAAGAUUAAAGAAAUCAUGCGUAUACAUUUCA